AUGGAGGAACUGGGUGCAGAGAUGUGUGUUGGAUCUCAAGUCUUCCAAAACCCUCUCCUGUCCAUGCAUAUGAUUUUCCUCAUGCUCCUUUACAGCUUCAGCAUCAAUCUUGGCUGCAGCUCAAGAGAUCUGGCAUUUCACUUCAAUCCCCGCUUCAACGAGUCUGUCAUCGUCUGCAACUCCAAGUGCUCCGAUUCCUGGCAGACGGAACUCCGUGACCGCCACCUCCCUUUCUUCAGGGGCUGCACUGUCAAGUUCUUCAUUGAAAUGCUGUCGGACAAGUUCCGUGUGAAGCUGCCCGAUGGCCAUGAGGUGUGCUUCCCCAACCGGCACGGCUACCGCAACAUCAGCUACGUAAGCGUUGUGGGGGGACUGAAGGUCAUCUCCUUCAAGCUCACCUGA